AUGAGUGGACGAGUAAGAUCAAGAUCUAGAGGAAGGGGAGAUGGUCAAGAGUCUUCUGAUACGGUUGAACCUGUGGUUGCCCCAAAACUAGGUGGCAAAAAAUCUCAACAAAAGGAACCACCAACUGAGAAUGUGGAUAUCGAACCUGGACAAGAGAAAGAAGGAGGAACUUCUGUGGCUCAAGAACCUGAAUUGGAAGGUGCAAGCCAGGAAAUGGGUCUGGAAGAGACUGGGGGUGAGCACGGAGAUGACCCUGACGUGAAGGGGAAGAUUCCACCUAAUCUAGUGCCUGCUAAAAUUCCAGAAGCAGUCUUCGUGGGCCCCUUGGUGCCGCUGCCCACUGCCAGCAGCUCUCAGCGCAGCAGCGCCUCCCAGACGCGUGGCCGCCCACUGCCCCCACCGGUAGCUCCACAGAUGGAAAAGCUGCUUUCCCGCCCCUCCCACCUGCUGCCCGACCCGGGUCUCUGCUAG